AUGGGCCAAUUCUUCGAAACCAUCCCGGAAUACGUAAUGCGAUGGAUCCUCGAACAAAAAAUGUUCUGGGUGGCUUCCUCCCCCCUUUCCGCAUCAGGUCACGUCAACGUCUCCCCGAAAGGCGGGACCUACUUCGGAGUCCUCGACGACAAGACAUUCUGGUACAUGGACCUAACCGGCAGCGGCAACGAGACCAUCUCGCAUCUGUACGAACCCGGCAACGGCCGCAUCACAGUCAUGUUCAGCGCCUUUGAGGGACCCCCGCGUAUCGUGCGCCUGUUUGGCCACGGCAGCGUGCUGGAGCGAGGCACCGAGGCGUUUGACGAUUUUGUCAAGAAACGUGAUGUGAAGGUGGUUCCUAGCUCAAGGUCUAUCAUUAUUGUUGCGGUGCACCAGGUGGCGAGCUCGUGCGGGUAUUCGGUGCCAUAUUAUGAGUUUAAGAGUUUCCGGAAUACGCUCAAUGAGUUCUUUGCCAAGAAGGUUGAUAGGUUUGAGAAGGGGAACAGGGAGGAGAGUUUGGAAAGGUACUGGGCUCUCAAGAACUCUUAUAGCAUCGACCACCUGCCCGGCAUGGAGAUUGCGCGCAAGACGGCUCAGAAGGAACACAUCGCCCCUAUAAAGAAGAUGGUCGGCCCCAAUGCGCCACGGGAGUACCAAAACGGUUGGACAUUCAGCAUCUGGCACCUCCUUUUGGCAGCCUUGUCGGGAGCAUUUGUUCCGCUCGUGUUACGGCUCCUCGUCGCCAACCUCUCCCCAGCUCUCAUACGAAUUGGGGCAUAG